CAAAUAGUAACCUCUACAACCUUUAAAAAUUCGCAGUCUCCAAACUUUUUUCAGAUCCUUCUAUUUUGCCUUCUUUUCUUCAGUAAAUUUCAUGGGCAUUUUUACAAUCGAAAUCAAUUAAAUUUUGAACACCAAAAUUUUAAAAAUCAAAUCACAGAUCUCAGAUAUCAGAGUCUCAACAGAUCUGUCUCUUGCUCUGAGAUUCACUUCACUAUUCCACUCUCAAGUGGAUCGAAGGAUUCGUUUGAUCUAUGCUUGUAAGGACGGGAUCUGGUCAGGUUUUGAAUCAAUUAUUUAGGGUUUUGAUUAUUCGGUUCAUGCUUUUUUUGGAUUUGUAGUGGAGAAGAAUAUUUAGUUUAACCUAAAAGCUGAGGUUUUUUCCCCGAAUCUAGUUAUAAAGUAGUAAAAUUCGAGGUUUUAUACUUUUAUUACCCUAAUCUGAAAAUUAGAAUAGCUUAUUUGGUGGUGAUUGAUUAAAUUGUUGACUAUGGAGACACUUGUUGUAAACCAGCACAAGAAUCAUCAUCAUCAUCAGUAUUAUGGCAGUUAUAAAGGAUACAAUCCAGUUAGAUGUAGCUAUUCGCCGCCGAGUAGUCCUUUUAGAGGGAUUAAUUGUAGGACUUUUCAAUCUGGGGCAGGUAUACUGCCAACCCCUGUAACCCAUAAAACUUCCACCUUUACCUCUGAGAAAACACCGUCCCCAACUAUCAAAAUUCAUGGUGUCACGAUAUCUUCGCCUAUUGCUAUUAAUAUCCCGGCAAAAGCUAUAGCUUUUGAUGAGGAGGGCAUUUUCAGUGAGAAUUUAUCUUUCUCUGAGCGUUGGGCUGGACCUGCUUAUUCGAACUCACCACCGCCCAGUUCUUUGCCCAUUCCGAAGUUUUCAAUGAGGCCAAAGCGCACUGUGUCACUUGAGUUGGAACCUGUCUCUGAUUUGGGUAUUGAAUUGGAGCGCCCAAUUGCUAAAUCUGCUCCUGCUUCUCCUACUAGGGAACGCGGCCCGUCAACUAGAGAACUGUUUCUCAGUGCUGACUCUGCGACGAAGACAUUGCGUCGCAUUCUUAAUCUUGAUGUAGGUGAUGAGGGAUUUUGAGGGGCAUAUUCUGCUCCUGUAAAUAGUUUAGUGUCAGUUGUAUAUAGAAGGAAUAAAUUUGUUAGAAGUGUGCAUGCGGUACACUUUGUUUAGGUUUUGCUUAUGAUGGUGGUGGUGGUGGUACAAGAGUGGCAGUUGUGAAUGUGGUGGGUCAUGGGUGGUAGUCUUCAUUACUGGAAUCAAGAAACUGAUGUCUGACCUGAAGUGGUGAUUUAGUGAAGCAGGUCUUAGCUAAAUAGGCAACUUGUUUGCAGCUCAAAUGGGGCAAGGUACAUGUAUUGUGGAUAAUCUAACAUGGAUACAAGCUGACUUGAAUACCUUCAGUAAGCAGAAGAGAACCAAGAAUUCUAGGGUGACUUCUUUGGAAUGGAGCAGAGCAUCUUAAUGAAUUUUUUCAUUUGUGUUUGAUAUGGGAUCCUCAAUUUAAAAUUGGAGGUUUAGUUAUGAGGUAAAAUUUAGGCUUAUAAUAUCAAGUAGACAGGUACAAUGUAUAUAUACCAGCAUGUCUUGGUUAGAUUAGUCUCAGUCCAAUUCCAUAGGUUCCUAUCAGAUUUCUGUAAUGUCUUCUUUUCAUCUUAACUUCUCUUCUUUCUUUAUUUCUCUACUAUAACACUAAUCGGUGCUGGUUUUGUAGCCCAGCAUCGCAUCACUUUGCGCUCUAGAUGGUAUCUUCUUUUGUAACUUCUUAGUUGGUCCUUUAUAACACUAAUCAGUGCUGGUUUAUUAGCCAGCAUCGCCUCGCUUGGCACUCCAGAUGGUAUCUUCUCUUCUAACUUCUUUAAUCGUCCUUCAUUGUCUGAAUUGGCUUCUCGAUACUUCAUUUACAUGUCGUUUCUUUCUUUCUUUUAGAUAGGUCUAACUCCCUUGCAUACACUCUUCAUGGGUGUAUGUUUCAUCUUUGCCACCUUUUCCGGUUUUUAAGAGGGGAAGUGGUAUAGUCAAGAAAGCUGUUGAUCUCUUCUGCUUGUUAUGUCUAGUUGUUAGUCCAAUCCAUGUUGCUCUUUCAUGUUGUAAGCCACUUCGUUACUUGUUCUUUUGAGCGGAUCCCUCCUGGUCUUUAUAAAAGCCUCACUUUUUGGAUAUUUUUCGACAAACAGAGCCAGUUGCCAGUCAUUUGGUGGGGAAGAUUUCAGGAGGCUGUUUUCUUAGUUGGUAGUCUUUAAAGUAGGUUUCGUGAAGAUCAUACGCAGGCUGCUUCUUGUCACCGUAUCUAAGAAAUGCAAGCUAUGUUUCUGUGUUGCUAUUUGGUACUUUUAAGUAGUAGGUUUGAGUAUCAGAACUUAUAUGUACUUGUUUUAUAGUGUUAUUUUACAUUGUGUUACGGAGUUGAGACCGCAAUGCUAGUUUAAUUAUCUUGUUCCUUUAUUUAA